AUGGUCCGUGCGCAGUCGUGGUCAUUCUCGACUCCCUCGCUCGAUCUUCAGGACGAUGUACUGUCCACAAGUCCUCGCUCGUUGUCUACGAGUCAGGCAUCGUCGAACAACUCAUCCACCAUCACGUCGAACAACGCAGUAAACCCGGUUCCCUUGGGACUACCAGCCCUCGCAGGAUCUCCCCUUCUCCAGUACGACCGAGCAGACCGUUGCUUCGUCACCACCACAAGAAGGACUCCCAUCUAUCCUCGAGGCGGCUCCUGGGUUCGCGCAGAAGGCUCCAACCCGCAGAUCGUUGCCCAUCAACAGCUUGUCAGCUAUUACCAGAGGCACCCUCCCGCUCACCCAGAAGACGUAUUCGCCACCCUACGAAUCAACGUCGAACCAGCACAAACAACAGAGAACCUACAGUCACCUGUUAACGAACAACUGUUCGAGCUCCCGGACGUUCAGUACAUUCCCAUCGAGGCUCCAGAACUACCACCAGCUCCACCUGCACCAACCAACGCACCGGUUGAAGUCCCUAUGGCAACGUUCACUCAAGCAGACAUCGAUCAGCGCAUCGCUGUCGCCCUUGCGGCAUACCAAUCCCAACAGUCAACUGCCAACCGACCCCUUCGCCUUGACAUCCCCGCUCCCGAACCUUUCAGCGGAAAGGCGGAGGACCUCAGACGCUUCAUCCAAUGUGUCCUCUCCUACUUCGUCGCCACCAACAACACCAGACUUAGUGAUGAAGCAAAGAUCGCCUUCACUGUAGCGUUGAUGAGGAAGGACCUAGGGAAGACAUGGGCAGACGCAUACUACGAGAAGUCGGCAGGGGGAGUCCAGGUCUAUCCCGAUUGGGCGGCCUUCGCCACCGCCCUUGAGGAAGUGUUUCCUGAGCACGGAACGCGAAUCAAGGCGCACCAAAUCCUGAUGAAACUGCCCGAACAACAGAAGAACAAGAAGACGGCGCUCUCCCUUGGAAACUACGUCACCCGCUUCGAGCAGCUAGCAUCGAAAGCCCAGCUCAAGGACGCCGAAGUCAAUGGCGUCAACUGCACCGAGAACGACUACCACACUCUCCACGCCAACUUCGUCAAAGGACUUCCAAAGGAGCUCUAUGUCUCUCUCGCAACCAGGGUCGCCAGAGACCGACCCAGCACCAUGAAAGCCUGGUACGACGAAGUCCGAAAUGCCGACGCCGCCGAACAAGGGGCCCUCACUGUCACAGACACCAGGGACUAUGGCGAGCCAAUGGAUAUCGACGCCGCUGCA